GUCCUGGUGCAUAAAUUUCAUUUCCUUUACCUGCUUUGGAUUCUUGGAAAUUGAUUGAAUCAUGGGUGUUGCCAUUUGAAAACUAUCUGGAGCUCGAAAUCGCGCAGUCAUUUCAGGCAUCGGAGGAGUCUGCGAUGGAGGUAGAGUGGAUUUUGCUAUGCCAUGGGAUGGUGACUCUGGCACUGGUGGUCUCCUUACUCUGCGGUCAAUGGCCCAUCUUCCAGGGCACCAUCGUCGAACGGCUACACUACUUCCUUACGUUCGGCGCCUACGAUUACUUCCUUUUUUGGCUCUAAGUGUACGGAUGCGAUUCUUUCUGUGGAAUAUUACUGCUGCAAUCGGCCCAAUCCAAUCCUGCAGGUACGCAAGCUUGCUGGCAGUUGCCGUUGGAGUUCUGCUCUUUCUAUUGACCAGCUUUUCUGAUCCAGGAAUAAUAAGCGUUGGCAAUGUUUCUCAGCAUCUUUCUUCCUACCCAUAUGAUAAUAUGAUUUAUUCAGAGAAAGAGUGUCCAACGUGCAAAAUUCCAAAACCUGCUAGGACCAAGCACUGCAGCAUUUGUGACCGUUGUGUGGCACGCUUUGACCAUCACUGUGGAUGGAUGGUUCAUAAUCUAACAAACAAUUGCAUUGGGGAGAGAAAUACUCGGUAUUUCAUGGCUUUUCUUUUCUGGCAUUUCCUACUAUGCCUGUAUGGAACAGUUGCCAUUGGUCUGAUUGUUGCGGGAAAACUACAAGAACUGAGAAUUGUACAUAUUCUAACAGUUUAUUAUGGAGUGGAGAAAUCUUUUCUGGGUUUAGCUCCUCAUAUUGCACAGUGGUUGCUGGGAUCCUACAACACUCAAAUACUUAUUAUGGUGUUCCUCUCUAUCGUCGGAAUGCUACUGGCUGGUUUUUUUGGUUACCAUGCAAAGCUCUGCCUCAGCAACACUACCACUAACGAGACCUUUAAAUGGCAAGAGUGCAUUAGUCGGCAGAGGAAGCUAAAUGAAGCAGAUUCCUGUGAUGCAUUCCCAAGAGCAAGUACGAGUGGUACGAGCAAAUGGGAAGCCUUUUUCCGAAGAUCAUCUCCUGAUGAAGUGGAUGUUCCGAAGAAUAAUAUUUAUGACAGAGGAUUCAUUCACAAUGUGCAGGAAGUUAUUUUCCCCCAUUCUACAAGACGGUCAUUUAUUGGAACUAAAUCCAAGCCUGGCUAAGACGUAAUCGAUCUUAACAUGCGUCUUGUGACACAUUAAAUUAUUAAAAUUCUUAUUCGCUUGUAGUUAUAGAUUUAUAAUUGUCCCGAAGGUUGUAGUAUUUAUGUAUGAGUAAUAAAUUCUUGGUAAAAUUUUGUAAUGUUAAAUUAGUAAAAGCAUAACUUACAGUAGCCGUAUGACA